AUGUUCGAUGAGCUGCUAGCCAGAGUGGGGCCCAGGAUCACCAAGCAACAAACCUGGUACAGGGAGCCCCUGGAGCCUGGCAUGAAGCUUGCCCUGACUUUGUGUCACCUUGCCUCUGGGAGCAAGUAUGCCUCAAUGAAGUUCGGUUGGAGGGUCCCGCACAACACCCAGUCACUCCUCGUCCGAGAAGUCUGUCAAGCCAUCAUCGAUGAAUACAUGGACAAGACUGGGUCCAUGUACAACAACUACAAAGGAUUCUACUCCGUUGUUCUGAUGGCGCUUGUUGAUGCUGACUACAAAUUCAUCUGGGCAGAUGUCAGUGGUACAGGAUCAGCAUCAGACGCUCAGAUUUACAAUGACUCUGAGCUGAAGGAAUGCGCUAAAGAUGGUACCAUAGGUUUCCCUGACCCCGAUCCUCUUCCCAAUGAAUACAAUGAUGUGCCCUACUUCUUCAUCAGCGACGAUGCCUUCGCCCUAUGA